AGUGUAACAUCCAGCGGAAGUAAACCAAACAAAGGCGGCAGUCGCGUUUCUCAAAUGACUAAAUUGAUUUCAGUAGGUUAAUCUAUGAGUUAAACCUCGAGCCACAUUUACUGUAGCCUACAUUAGACAACAAUGUGUUCAGUUGAGUCUUUGAGAGAGUUUGUCAACCAGCGACUAACUGCUGCUGCUGAAGAAAUAUUGGGAGCUUUUAAAAGAAGCAUCGUCGAGUACGAGGAAGAGAUCGAUCGUCAGCGCAGACUGUUGGAUAUGGUUUUGAAGCCUGAAAUCAAGUUACACAGGACAGAGCUCCCACAGCAACAUGUGUGUAAGGAGGAGGAGGUUGUCCCUGAGCAGCAGCUGUGUAUUGAGGAGAGGAAGUCCAGUGUGGAGCAAGAGGAGCCAGAGCCUCCACAGAUUAAAGAGGAAGAGGAGGAAGUGUGCAGCAGUCAGGAGGGAGAGCAGCUUGUAGUGAAGCAGGAGACUGAUGGCUUCAUGUUGACUCCUGCUGAUGAGGAAAGUGAGCAGAGUGAAGAUCAGCCUCUGGACUUCAUUCAUGAUGACACUCAAAGUGCAGCAGAGAAAGAGUCUGUCGUCAUUAUACCAGUUAUAAGCUCUGUGAUAUCAGAAGCAACCAGUGAGCAGCAGCUGCUCUGUCACAACUCUCAUGUAGCUGAGAGGCAAGAUGAGGAAGAAUACCAGCGUGGAGACUCAGGAUCAACUAGAAACACAGAGCUUCAAGCAGAGAAAAGACAUCAUGAAAGUGAAAUGAACAGGAACAGUCCACACACCUCUGCUGCGAUAAACUUAAAUACAGGUAAAAAGCCUUUAAAAUGUGACAUAUGUGGGAAAGGUUUUGAGUACAAGUCAAUGUUGCAGAGACACCUGAACAGCCACACAGGUGAGAAGCCGUUUUCUUGCAAAACAUGUGGGAAAAGAUUCAGUGACAUAUCAGCAUUGAACGCUCAUAUAAGAACCCACACAGGUGAGAAGCCGUACCUUUGCAAGACCUGCGGGAAAAGAUUCCGUGAGAAGUCAGUUUUCAAAAGGCAUUGUAGAACCCACACAGGUGAGAAGCCGUAUACUUGUGACGUAUGUGGGAGAGGUUUUGGACGUUGUUGUGACUUGAAAGUCCACAUGAGGACUCACACAGGCGAGAAGCCGUAUACUUGUAACGUAUGUGGGAGAGCUUUUGCACGUAAUGAUUACUUGUUAGUCCACAUGAGGACUCACACAGGUGAGAAGCCGUACCUUUGCAAGACCUGCGGGAAAAGAUUCAGUGAGAAGUCAGUUUUCAAAAGGCAUUGUAGAAUCCACACAGGUGAGAAGCCGUAUACUUGUGACGUAUGUGGGAGAGCUUUCGGACGUAAUUGUUUUUUGUUAGCCCACAUGAGGACUCACACAGGGGAGAAGCCGUAUACUUGCAAAACAUGUGGGAAACACUUCAGAUCUAUCGGUAACUUGACAUUCCACAUGAGAACGCACACAGGUGUAAAGGUGCAUCGUGUGAGCACAUGUUCCAGUUGAAGUCACACAUAUACAGGAGAGAGACUGUUUACAUGCAAAACAUGUGGCAGAGCUUUCAGAGGCCUGUUCCAUAAAGCAUGCUGAGAAAAGUGGGGAGUGAAGUCCAAAUCCUGAAUUUUAAUUGAAAUUGCAGGUCUGGAAAAGUUCAACUAGUGAGAUAAAGAACAAAAGGAGGAGACUGCUUUAAAGUCUGAAUGAAUUUUAUACUUGCAAGAGUCCUGGAAAACCUGGAAAAGUCAUGGAAUUAGUCAAAAUCAUUAUAAGUCACAGAACUUGUUUGUGUAUAAUGAAAUUAUUAGAAUCAUCUUCAGUGGAUAACCCUCCAUAUAAUGGAACAUAAUGGCAAAUUCAUCUUCUGAAGCUGGCGUCUUAAUGUAGCUUUAAUAUGCGUGGAUGUGUGACAAUGUUUGUUUACCAUCAGGUGUGUUUUGUCAUGUUCUCCCUCAGUUUGUCUCUCCCUUCCUGUGUGCCAAUUAUGUUUACAUAGAGUUUGAAUCUGAUGUUUGAAAAACGCCGGGCAAGUGGGGAAAGAAAAUUCUUCAUUAUGAGUCCUUGAAAAGUCAUGAAAAAGUUUGGAAGUAUUGUCCAUGAAAAUGUGAGUGCAACCUGUAAUUCAAAGUAUGACUGAUUUUGCAGUGAGCACAGUAAUAAACUGAUCCCAGAAGA